AAACUCAUAGGUUAGAAUUAGAUCAUUAAAAAAGAAAAAGUUCAUUAAGAAUUACUGUUUAGUGUAAUAUGUAAACAAGAUUCUUAUAAGUUUCGGUAAUAAGGGUGCUUCUUAGCAAGAAAUGUAAUUUCGUAUUGGACCGAAAAACUAUACUCUCAGUAUGCCGACCUUCCUGACACCAGGUAGGCAUGGCUACAAUGUGCGGUUCUCUCGUAGAAGGCCCGACUCCAUUGCGGUGGCUACUAGUCAGUACUACGGGUUAGCUGGUGGUGGAACAUUGUUCUUCCUUGAACUGGCACCAGACGGUACUACAUUAUUAGAAGUACAGAAACUGGAGUGGAGUGAUGGACUCUUUGAUGUGGCGUGGUCCGGUAGCAGUGACGGUGUGGCGGCAUGCGGCGCGGGUGAUGGUACUGUAGUGAUCUGGCGAGGGGGUUGUGCGGCCGCGUUACGAGUGCUGAGGGGACAUCGCAGUGAGGUGUGCUCUGUUGAGUGGCCGCGUUCCCAUAUUCUUAGUGCUAGUUGGGAUACUACUGUUAAACUGUGGGAUCCGGAGUCGGAGGCGUGUAUCAGCACAUUCGCGGGUCACUCUCAGCUGGUGUACACGGCGGCGUUCUCCCCGCACUCGGCGGCUACAUUCGCCUCGGUGUCGGGCGACGGACACCUCAAGAUCUGGACGUGUAUGGAGCCUGUGCGACCUGCUGCUGUUGUUAAGGCGCAUGACGCUGAGGUAUUAUCUUGUGAUUGGAGUAGAACAGAGAGCCAUGCGCUGGUGACGGCGGGUUCCGAUGGCUUAGUGAGAGGCUGGGAUUUAAGACGACUGACCACACCGAUGUUUACUCUCAAAGGUUGCGAGUGCGCAGUGCGAAGGGUUCAGUUUUCUCCGCACACGCCAUCAGUGAUAGCGGCCGUGUCUUACGACUUUACCACCAGGAUAUGGGACUUGAAGCGCGGUUGUGAGCCUUUAGAGACGAUCCGUCAUCACUCUGAGUUCACAUACGGGUUGGACUGGAACUCGCUGCGGCCGCACCAGCUCGCAGACUGCGGCUGGGACUCGCUCGUGCACGUCUUCACACCGCGAUCGCUCGCUGCGCUCUGAACACGAACUAGUGCAUAUAUUCUGCGAAAUUGGUUGUAGUGUUUAUUGUAAUAUAAGAAGGCUGUGCCGCUCAUUGAGUGCCAAAUGAGACGAAUUAUUCGGAAUAAUGACGCUUAUCACCAUCAUCAUAGAGGUCAGUAUCGUGCGCAGGAGCGUCCGAUACAAAACAGGGAUUAUUUAAAAUAUAUGAAGGAUUCGCUAAAAUGUAUAAACUUGUAUUCGUAUAAAUUAAGUUU